AGGCGCUACAAAAUAUCAGACAUAACCCCACCAAAAAAAACACAGCGACUUCACCACACAACCUCCCUUUCGUCACGUAUACUAGCAUUCGAUGAUUUUAUCCUCGGUGCUCCCCGGGAUUGCGCUCAUCUGGCUUCUCAACCGGACGCUCCGCCUCUUUAAGCUCCCACUCGAUAGCCUCGUGAAGUCGCUCAACAUUGAGAUCCCCAAGAUCCCCAUCCUCUCCAUUGAUAACGUCACGGAAUCCUCGCUUGUGCUUCACUGGGAUAACAUGGACAAAAACCACCACUACGGCGUGUAUCUCAACGGGAUGGAGGUGGCCGUGACGGACGCGACGAACAUCACAUUGAACGGCCUCAGCGCCGCAACGGUAUACCAGAUCGACAUCUUUGCGAUCAAUCCGGCGCAGUACAAGUCGAAAUCGACGCCUAAGUUCAUCAAAACAUUGCCGGCGGGGAUCCGCGGCGUACUCAACAAGUCGCCCCGCGAGCUUCUCCUCGGAUUGGCUACCAGCGACGACAUCCAGAUCCGCGCUGAAUCCACCAAGAAACCCAAGGGAAGAUCACGUGCAAACACCUUUGAAGCGGUGCAGUUCACGCCGAUGCUGAAGACGAGCUCUUUUUCCGUGACCAACCCUGGGACCCAGACGCCAGACAGCAGUUCCCUGACAAACCUCGCAGACUUAAACGAGAUGGUGAUCAAGCAGAUUGUCGAUAUCGAGGAACUCAGAUACCUACUAGAGAGGGGCCAGGAAGAGCUCCGCACGGUGUUGUCGCAGAACCAGCAGGCGCUCGAGGAUUUCAAGGAGCAGCACGCGAACCUCAAAAACGACCGCGACACGCUCCGCGAGCGCAAGAAGAUCGAGGACGAUAAUCGUGCUGCCAUCAAACUGGAAGUCAAGUGGCUCGAUGAAACCCGGCAGCAGUUGGCAAUCAAGAAGGAGAAGGCCACGGGGAAGUUGAAGCUCCGCCGCGAGAAAAUCGGCAAGAUGCAGCAGGACUUGGUUGACUGGCGGCGCGAGGUCGACAUGCUCACCGCCCGUAAGGAGACAGUCCUGGGUAGCGGUGAGGGCAGUGCGAAGCGCAUCAAACACGCAUACGAACAGCAGAUCGUGGGACUCCAGGCGCAGAUCCGCGACAAGCAGCAGGAGAUCAACAAGGUGGAGGACGAAUUCAAGAAGCUCUUGACGGAGAAGCGCCAGAAGGACGUGCUCAAAACCACGUUGAUCCCGGUCUUUGAGGCCUUGAAGAAGGAGACGGAUAAGUCGGGUAUCUUGAACGGAAGCGGCGCCAAGGCACUUGCCACUCUCGCGGGCUCGCUCCCUGCCUGGUACGCCGACAUCCAGAACGAGAUCUCUGUUGAUGCGCGCCUCGAGGCAGAGUGGAGGGCUGUCCAGCAGCGCGAGGUUGCCCAUUACACCGAGGUUGUCGACUUUAUUAACCGUAUGGACCAACAGAAGGAGAUGGAGAAGGUCGAGCUGCACAAGCGGUACUUGUCACGGACGUUCCCGCAGUACCUCCAGGACAACGCCUCGACCCCCGACGCCGCCAGCAUCCCCUCUGCCCAGAUGCACUAUGACUACUCCAUGUAUGCGUCACCGAUCCAGUCCAAAAGCUACUUGGCCAACUCGCCCGCCACGGGCAGCUUGCUCAACCCCACCUAUGCUAGCCCGCCCUACAACAUUUGGAACGUGCAGGAUAUGCCUGUCUCGCGCGAAGCCAAUACUUCGGGGUACUCGUCAUACUCCCCGCGCGUGCCUGCCACUGAGGACGACCUUGACCCGCCGUUGAGCACGUACGACAUGGAGAUGUUGCUCCCCGCAUCGUUGAUUGCAAGCGAGGAGUUGAACGAGACAACUCUCGACGACGUGAGAAACUACCGAAGCAGCUUCGGGAACGAGCUCAAGCCAACUUACGGAUACAGCUAUAACGGCGAAGGCCGCAACGGAGCACCCAGUGGUCCCACCUUUGUGUCAUCGCCGGUCAACAGAGCGGUCAGUCCUGUGAGUGUCCCGAGCAUGAUACCGUCCAACCAGCUCGGCUUUUCCUCCUUGGUGCCCUCUCUCUCCAACGACUCGGCCUUCCACUCUGUCCAAUCCUCCCAGCCAUUACACAACUCGCCGUUUAGUGGCGACUACGACUCUCAGCGAAGACCCUCGUUCGGGGGCUUCAUCAACCCGAUGUCUAUGCCUCAGCUGAUCUCGCCUCCGUCCGACGGAAUGGUCGUUCACCCCAUCGACCAGCUGCAACAGCCCCACCAGUCCGCUUUCAGCCCCCGCAGAUUGUCCAACGUGCUCGGAUUCGGCAAGAAAAGCCACGAGAAGGACGCCAGUUUCCUCUCUCCCGACACCAUGAACAACAAACACAGCAAGUUUUUCUUCUUUGACCGCAAGAAGAACGUAGACCAGGAGCCGGUGCCCGAGAGCCCUGAGAUCAUGCUCCGCAAACGUGGCGAGUCCAUUGGCUCGGCCAUCUCGGCUCCGUCCUUCAACGUUGAUGUGUGGGGGGACAGCAGGGAGUUUUUGGAGAUCCAUAAGCGCAACGCCAGUGGGGUUUCGAGCCAGACCGCGGAAAAGGGAGACAUCUUUCUCAAGGACGACGGCAUGACGCAGUUUAUGCCGAACUUGGUGAUCAACAGACCCAAACAACGCAGCAUCGAGGAUAAUCCGUUUGGUGUUGCUUCCAGCCCUGCCAGCGCCGCUCGCAGCGAUUCGUCCCGGGUAACGGUUUCCAGCGACCACCAGCCAGUCGCCGAUUCCUCUGACGAACACUCUGUGGUUAAAUUGAAGUCGAACGAGGAUGUUGUUGGGGCCAAGUCUUCGUUCUUUGUCAGACGCAAGUCGUUCCUUUCGUUCCCCUCCCCUUCCAAGACUGCCAAGGAAAAGGAUAAGCCUACAGGCCUGAGUCCGGUUCUUGUGCCUGGCAAUGCGUCCGACACGUCUUCCCACCUUAUCAGCGAUGAUGUCAUUAACGAGGAUGAGACUGCAGAUUUCAGCCAUGGAAGCAUCAUCCCACCAGGAACCACUGUUGGCCGCAAAACCGGUUUAUUCUCAAUGAAGAAGCGCAAGUCGCUGUUGGCGUCGCAGGCCAGUAGUGCUUCGCAAGCGUCGGCCUCGGCCGUCACCGCCAGCAUAAACUCCGCUGGAAGUGCCAGUGCAGUGGACUCCCAGUCGGGCAGAUCCAUCGUGAAGAGACUUAAUCCGUUUGGAAAGAAGGACAAGGAGGAGAAUCGUGAAGAGGAGGAAGAGGAAAAGGAGGAUUAAGAUAUUAGAA